CCGCCCCCGCCGCCCGGUCUGGUCCGCACACCCCGGCGGAGCCAGCCCAGAGGGGACGCGCCGCACCAGCUCUCCGCCGACCCCAGCCCCGCCCCGCGCCCAUGGCCGUGCCGGGACCCCGAGCUUUACGGGCUGCGCUCUGCGGCGGCUGCUGCUGCCUCCUCCUGUGUGCCCAGCUCGCAGUGGCUGGCAAAGGAGCUCGAGGCUUUGGGCGGGGAGCCCUGCUCCGAAUGAACAUCUGGCCGGCGGUGCGGGGGACCUGCAAGCAGCUGAAGCUCUGUGAGCACUGCGUGGAGGAGGACAGGGCGCACAACCUCUCGGGCUGCGUGUGGGAGCAAUGUCAGCCCGAGGAGCCAGGACACUGUGUGGACCAAGCCGAGGUGGCCCAGGAAGGCUGCUCCGUCUACAACCACUCCGAGUCGUGUCCAGCUGCCCACCACCACCCUACCCAUGAGCCGAAGACAAUCACAACAGGGGGUCCUCCUGUCCCCGAGGCCCACAACCCCGGCUUUGACGGGGCCAGCUUCAUCGGAGGCAUGGUGCUGGUGCUGAGCCUGCAGGCCGUGGCCUUCUUCGUCGUGCGCUUCUUCAAGGCCAAGGACAGCACCUACCAGACGCUGGAGGAGAACCAGUAGGUGACAGCCCGGGCGCGACUCUGGCCUUGGCAGGACCCGGGCUGUGUGUGCUGUUUGGUUUUCCUCUGCGCAGGGGAGCUGCUCAGGGCCCCCGUGUGCCGUGUGUGCUGUGGGGCGGGUCGCUGCAGCCUCCAGCAGAUGUUUGCUCUCCCGGCUGCUGCCUGCUCUCUGGGGUGGGGCCUCGGCCCGGCGGAGGCAGAGCCCCCUCCGAGCUCCCUCCAUGUCUGGCCUCUGCAGAAUCUGACCCCCUUCAGGCCUGGAUCCCACCCUGAGGGGAAGGAGGACGAAGCGGUGGCUCUCUCCGCCCCCUCGGGGGCCCUGGGAAUGGGAAAAACUUUGGCCGCCAAUGUCUGGCCCCUGAAGGCACCGAGCGGUCUCGGUGUCAGCACCUGGGCCUGGUACCUGCAGCUGAGAGCAUCGUCAGCCGCCUCCUGUCUCAUCCGUCAUCCCCGUGGGCCCCCUCCGGUACCUGCUUGGCACUGGGGCUGUGCCCGCCUCUUCCCACAGGCCUGGCCUGGCACUGCCCCGAAUAAAGGAACUCUUCCCAGCUGUG